CGGCGCGGCGCGGUUGCUAGGGAGAAAGCGGCGGCGGAGCGGCAUGGCGGGCAUGGCGCUGGGCGUGGGGCCCGGCGUGCUGGUGCUGCAGCUGCUGUGGGGCCUGGCGCUGCUGCUCUGCCUGGCGCUGUCCCGCACGGCCGGCCGGGCCCGGUUCGCCGUGGUGCUGGUGACGCUGGGGGCUGCCAUCCUCAGCGCCGCGCUGCUGCUCUUUCCCCGGGAGGACGAGCACCCGGCCGCGGCCGCCGCCGACGAGAUCGUGGACACCUUCUUUAUCGGCCGCUUUGUCCUCCUGGCUGUGAUGAGCCUGGUCGUACUUGGCUGCCUGUUCCUGCUCCUGAUUUACCACCUCAUGGAGCCGGUGUAUGCCAAACCGCUCCACAACAGCUAGCAGCAACCGGAGACGGCAAUCCCCACGAAGAGAAAAAUCCCAAUUUCAUGGCAAUAAACCAGGAAGGGAGACCAGGAGACCGCUGACGUCAGGUUUUUUCCAAGCUCAGAAAGAGCCGGCCAAGCAAGCGAAAUGUGUCGCUCGCACCAGCGCUGCGUCUUCCAUCUUUAAAAGCGAAGUUCGGACUGAGCACGAGCACCUUCCUCUCCAGGACUCCAGAUGGAAAAGG